UCCGGCUCGGCGCUGCCUCGCCCGGUUGUGCGAGAGCCGCGGUCGGUCGAGGCCCCGCCCCUUCCGCUGGCGGCGGGAGGGGUCACUUCCGCAGAGCGGGGCCGUCCCGCCGCCAUCUUGGGCCGGCUCCGGGGGCUGCGGCGGCGGCGGCGGCGGAGCGGGUCCCUCCAUGGGAAGAUGCAGCGGGCGGGGCCGGAGGAGGCGGCGGGGUCGCAGGCGGCGGCGGGGGGAGGAGGCGGCGGCGGCGGCGGCGCCGGGCGGAGCGGGGCCGAGGUGGCGCUGGCGGCGGCCGCCCCUCUCCCGCCGCCCCCCGCCCAGAGCGGGCGGCUCCUGAAGCGGGAGCUGCGGCUGCUCGAGUCCAUUUUCCACCGGGGCCACGAGCGGUUCCGCAUCGGCAGCGCCUGCCCGGACGAGAUCAGCUGCGAGUUCGUCCCGGGGGCCGGGGCCCGCGCCGGGGCCUCCGCGUCCCGCGGGCCGCCGCCGGGGCCCGUCCGCAUCCACUGCAACAUCACGGAGGCUUAUCCGGCCGUUCCCCCGAUCUGGUCGGUGGAGUCGGACGACCCCAACCUGGCGGCCAUCCUGGAGCGGCUGGCGGACGUCAGGAAGGGGAACACGCUGCUUCUGCAGCACCUGAAGCGAAUAAUCUCCGACCUGUGCAAGCUCUACAACCUCCCCCAACACCCCGACGUGGAGAUGUUGGACCAGCCUCUGCCGGCCGAACAGAGCACGCAGGAGGAGGUGUCCUCGGAGGAGGAAGACGAGGAGAUGCCGGAGGACACCGAGGACCUGGAUCACUACGAGAUGAAAGAGGAGGAGCCGGCGGACGGGAAGAAGACGGAGGACGAAGGCAUCGGCAAGGAGAACCUGGCCAUCUUAGAGAAAAUCAAAAAGAACCAGAGGCAAGAUUACUUAAAUGGCGCAGUGUCUGGGUCUGUGCAGGCCACCGACCGGCUGAUGAAGGAGCUCAGGGAUAUUUACCGCUCGCCAAGUUUCAAGGGGGGAUACUAUGCAGUGGAAUUGGUGAACGACAGCCUGUACGAUUGGAACGUCAAACUCCUCAAGGUUGACGAGGACAGCGCUUUGCACAACGAUCUCCAGAUCCUCAAGGAGAAAGAAGGAACCGAUUUCAUCCUCCUCAACUUCUCCUUUAAGGUACGUCCUGGGCGGCGGAGCCAUCUGCAUGGAGCUGCUCACCAAACAGGGCUGGAGCAGCGCCUACUCCGUCGAGUCGGUGAUCAUGCAGAUCAGCGCGACGUUGGUCAAGGGGAAAGCGCGAGUCCAGUUCGGAGCCAACAAGAACCAGUACAGCCUGACCAGAGCGCAACAGUCCUACAAAUCCCUGGUGCAGAUCCACGAGAAGAACGGCUGGUACACGCCGCCCAAGGAGGACGGUUGAGCCCGCGCGCCGCCCCGCAUCUCCCGCCUCCUCCAGGACCUCGACGGACAACGGCGGCCGUUCACGAAUAAACUCUAAAUAAACCCGUUUGCAGCGGCCGGCCUGACCCGACCCGACCCGACGCCGGCCCCUCGCCCGCAGGCUUUCUCGUCACACACCGACGUCCCGGCCCCUCGCCCCGCGGGGCGCUCUCCGCUCUCCCGCCCGGAGCGUCCUCCUCCGCUACGGAUUUAAUUUAUUUUCUUAUUUCAUGUACACUGCUUUUUUUUGUUACAGUGUAUGAUGGAUGUGUAUGGAAAAUGUAUCUUUGGAGAAAAAUAAUUACAGUUUGUUAAUUUGAA